AUGGCCGUCUUCCUUCAAGACAUGCAGCACAACGUUCGCUUCCCAGGCCAACAGGAGGUGGGUGGAAAAGCUGUGAAGGCUCGGGCUUUCGAUGCAUUCCAAGGAAGUCCUGGCAAGCAAAAGUACGGUAUAGCAACGAGGAAAGGCAUCGCCUUCGUGGUCUUUGACUCUGCAAUGGCGGCGCGGAAGCUGAAGGUUGCUCCAGCUGGGGAGAAGCCCAAGGGAGGUGGUGACUUGAAGGAUGGUCGCCGCAACGAUGCGGGCUCACGGCAGUUCCUCCGAGACAUGCUCGACGGUGAAUCGCAGAGUGCAAGAUCGGCAGCGCCAGCAGGAAAGGAGAAGGACAGGAAGGAAAGAAUAAAAGAGAAGGAUCAGAGGCUGAAAGAGAAGGAAGACAAGCAGCCAAAGAAAAAGGCCAAGAAGCCCGCCAAAAAACGACUGGGCGGGCUAACGCCGCCGCCUACGUCCUACGGAGUUCUUGCAAACCUUGGACGAACACUGCUCCACUAUGCGCAACCAAUUGCCCAUGAAUAUCAUGAAAAGCCAACGCAGCCAAGUGCGAUGAGAGCCUCGACUGCGAAGAAGUCCAAGACUGAGGAGGACCCGGAGGUACACUUUGCAGUCGCACCAGCCACGAAAGGUUUGAUGGCUACGUUGCCAGAAGCUCGCCCAAAGUCGGUGACCUUGCCCCUGAAGUCCACAGCCCUCGUUUGCAUUGAUUUCCAGAAGGAUUUCAUGUCAGAGGGAGGCUUCGGGCAUGCCUUGGGCAACGACGUGACAAAGCUGUCAGAGGAGUGCUUGCCAGGAGCUCAGGUUUUGCUUGCUGCAGCCCGCGAAAAGAAGUUGCUGGUGAUCCACACCAAGGAGGCACACCGGGAGGAUCUACGAGACUGCUGUGACAUGAAGCGCAUUGGGCCACGUUGCCCGCCAGAGGGCAAGCGGAUCGGCGAGGUCCUUCAGGAGGGCAUGGGGCGCUUGCUCGUCGAUGGGUCACCUGGAAACGAGAUUGUGGACGUGGUGAAGCCUGUUGAAGGCGAGGUGGUGCUUUGCAAGCCAGGCAAAGGCGCUUUCUUCAUGACUGGCCUGAACCAACUGCUGCGGGAGCGGGGGAUCAGCCACCUCAUCUUCUGCGGGGUGACAACCGAGGUAUGCGUGCAGGUGACCAUGCGUGAGGCGAACGAUCGUGGCUACGAGUGCGUACUCGUUGAGGACGCCACCGCAAGCUACAUUCCGAAGUUCAAGGCCGCCGUCAUCGAGAUGGUCCGAUCUCAGGGAGGGAUUGUGGGCUAUACCACAGAGAAAUCGGAGGACGUUGCGAAGGCCUUGAAAUCGGCAGCGUGA